AGAGAGUCCUGAUCUCUCUGUUGAUUGUUCUAGUUCCAGCACGUUUUCACACUAUCGGGGCUUAUCGUCGAUGGAAGUCCUUCGACAGCUUCAUCAUUCGGUCGCCCAAACGUUUGAGCAUACGUUCGAUAAUGCCUACCGAGACUUGAAUGCCCAGCUUGCUGGCCGUGAUGCUCGAAUCAAGGAAGUCGAAUGUUUAGCGGAGGCUGCGAAAGAAGAACGGGAUAAAGCCUCGUCAGAGGCCGACAGUUUGAGAGAUGAGGUUGCCUUUCUGAGGAAGGAGCUGGGUCAUAAUGAUGUUGGUCUGGAGGACGACAACAUGCCCGAAAAAUCUGACCAGCUGGAAAAGGCAUAUGCACCCCAACAUGUUCUGCGGCUGCGCGACAGCAAUGGCGAGGAAGGCCUAAGCUCACGCCUCAAUUCACCAGACUCUCUAGCUGAUAAUUACGUUGCAUUAUAUGCUGAAGUGCAAACUCUUGUUCAGGUCUCUGGGGAGCUCAGGAAACAAGUCAAGCGACAUAAGAGAAUGUUAUUGCACUUGCAAAAAUGCUUUAGCAGGAAAUCUUUCACGCUUGUCCUCGAAGGGGACCCCGUCACAUUCGAACGCCGUACCAAAGAUAUCCUUGGGAACAAUGGUCGCCUGGUGGAUAGACAGUCGGAUUCGUCGAACAUUGGAGAAUCGAAACCAGUUGAUCAUCACUUUGUGAAAGAAGAAGGCGUCUCGAGGGAUCCGACCCCGGAGCCUUUUGUUGCGCAUGGUUUGCAAUCGUUGAAACGGAAAGCUACGAUGCUUGGGCCCUCGAUAGAGACUCCCGAACCUAAGCACCCGGAUAGAAAUGAAACGAAACAGUCUGUUACACCCAAUUGUGAACGUACCCGUCCUAGACUGUCCCAUAAUUCAUCGUCCCUUGGGGUCCCUGAUGAAACACAAGAUUUAGACGAGAUCCGAUGCACGGUUGAAACCCCUACAAAGGACAGAGGGAACCACCAAGGUCGCUCUGAAAGUUGGUCUGUCCCCACGGAACCUCCCUCAACCAAAUCUCCGUAUCCGCAAUUUGAAAAUCCUACAAACGGCCGAGAUCACCUUCCUGCGUUUCAGCUUUAUGGUAAGAACCUACGAGGUGUCCGUGAGACUAGCCAGUGGCAGCCUGGCAACCGUUUAACCAAAAGCUCGGAGAAUAUGGCUCGAUAUGCCGUAAACUCCAUAGCAGAAGAUGGAGAUGAAGGAAUACAGGACCUCCCAAUAGGCAAUGAACCCAAGUCCUUGAUGCCUGGAGUUCAAUCUCCAGGAUCUUCGAGCACAAACGAGCAACAGGCCCGUCGGCGGCUACAAAAUCUCCUUGAGAGCCCAUUACGUCCAAGACAUCCGCUUGGACAAAAUGAAAACCAUGGUAAUCCUGCGGAUACUUUACAAAAAGCACAGUACCGUCCUGAAGCCCGGGAGGACCCAUUACCGAGGGAUAGAGCAGGUAUGCCUGAUAAGCGGGCCGAAAAGACGAUGUCAUUACAGACUCCCCUUGCUCCAACGAUACCACAAAGCACCAAAUCCCAGCCCAGGCAGUCAAGUCCCAGCAUGGAAAACACAGAUAUCCACCCAGAGGAUGAACCCCUUCGAGCUCGGCCGCUACAUAAGCUUCAUCUCAGUCAUUUCAGGAUUAAUCCGGAAUGUAACCAAGGAUUGGACUUUGCAUUUGACUCAGUCCUUCGCAAGAAAGAAGAACGCAAAUGUGCCGAUGGGUGUACUCGUCCAUCUUGCUGUGGUGAAAAAUUUCUUGCCAUGGCGCGCCUGGGCGGGAUUUCAGCCAGUUCAGCAACCUCUCUUUCACUAGAAGAUGAUGACAAGAGUGUUCUUGAGGAGCACAUGGGAAAAGACGCACAUCUGCUAGAUAGCAUGAAACCUGAAGAUUGCCAGGCCCUUCUGUAUGAAGCGAAAGCAAAGCUUAUUGCCAAUCGAUUCGGGAAACAUAGGAACCAGCAUCAACGUCCAGCCUCACCGCCUGGAUUCUGGCGCACGGAUAUGCCCAGCACACAGGAGCUAGAUUUUGAUCGUGAAGAAGCGAGACGAGUUGAAAGAGAAAAGGUCAAGGAACGAUAUAGAGAGGCAAUGCGACCGGGGGGGCUAUGGAAGUUUGCGGACGAGUGAGCCUAUGUGCGCACUCCACGCGAAUUAGCAGAGCUUGAAUCCUGAUGGAGUUAGAAGUGCCAUGAUUAUGCCUUUAUAGGACUACUAUCU